AUGGGUAAAGUUUUAUCGAACACAGUGUUUAUCUCCUGUUUGCAGAGUUCAAUAAUGAGCAGGUUACGAUUAGCAGCUGCCAAAGGUCAAAAAGCUCGCGUGGAGACACUGGAAAAAAGUAUUCAACCCCGGAAGAGAUUAAAAACAUCAUUGAAACAAGAGCCAGACACUCUGUGUCCAUCUUCUUCAUAUCACUCAUUCUCUGAUCCUGCUGAGGUUGUGCAGCUGCGAUCUCAGCUCCUUCACUGGUAUGACCGAGAGAAGAGAGAGCUGCCAUGGAGGACUCUGGCUAUAACAGAAUCAGACAUUAACAUCAGGACAUAUGCAGUGUGGGUUUCAGAAAUAAUGCUGCAGCAGACCCAAGUUGCAACAGUCAAAGACUACUAUAACAGAUGGAUGAAGAGGUGGCCCACAGUGCAGGAUCUCGGUUCUGCUACAAUAGAGGAGGUAAACCAGAUGUGGGCGGGGCUCGGCUACUAUUCCAGAGGAAGAAGGCUGCAUGAAGGAGCCCAGAAGGUUGUCUCAGAGCUAGAGGGACAAAUGCCUCGGACUGUUGAGGACCUGCUGAAACAGUUGCCUGGCGUUGGACGCUACACGGCUGCAGCCAUCGGGUCUAUUGCUCUGGGGCAGGUCACUGGUGCCGUAGAUGGGAAUGUGAUUCGGGUGCUGUGUCGACUGAGGGCCAUUGGAGCUGACAGCACGAGUCCCACAGUAACAGAGGCUCUUUGGAGUCUUGCUAAUUUGCUGGUGGAUCCAAAGAGGCCUGGAGACUUCAACCAGGCCAUGAUGGAGCUGGGAGCACGAGUCUGCACCCCCAAAGGACCCCUGUGCAGCCAGUGUCCUGUCCAGUCUCACUGUCACUCGUAUCACAAGGUUCAUUUAAAACAGGAGCAAAAUGCGAAGAAGCUUUUAGGAAAGAUGGACAUUCCAGAUAUUGAAGACUGCAAGCACAGUGGAGCUUGUUCCCUGUGUCCCUCGGAGCCGUGGGACGAUCAGCUGGGCGUCCAGAACUUCCCCAGAAAGCCAGCCAAGAAAGCUCCCCGGGUGGAGCGAACGCUGACCUGCGUGGUCACCAGGCCCGGAGAGGAUGGCGAGGAGUAUCUACUGGUACAGAGACCAGACAAAGGUUUGCUGGCAGGUUUGUGGGAGUUCCCCAGUCUGCUACAGCAGGAGUCCAACGCUGAGGUGAAACAUAGGAAGGCGCUAUGUGAAGAAGUCAACAGAAUACUGAGAAGCUGCUUGAAUGAACAUUUACUCCAGUAUGUGGGAGAGGUGGUGCACAUCUUCUCCCACAUUCAUCAGACCUACGUGGUUUACAGUCUGUGCUUAAAGGAGAAGGAUGCUACACAACUACAGACUGAAAAGGAGAAGUGGAUGUCUGGAUCUGGCCUACAGGAAGCUGCUGUGUCCACAGGGCUAAAAAAGAUCCUGAAGCUCUUUCAUUCUGUGAACAGUUUGAAGGACAAAAACUCAAAGGAUGGAAAAAGACAAAAGCCUGAAGGUCUAAAAGAUGGCAAGAGGUCACAGAGAACAAAGAAGAGUAAAAUGACUGCAGCUGAUGGAGGCAGACAGCGAUCUCUGAGUUCCUUCUUUAAACCUGUAAAAAAAGAAGAAGAAGAAGAAGAAGACAGCUAGAGUCCCUACGGCUGUCCAUCAUGUUAGAUGUGGAGUUUCUUUAAAACUACAGAUUUUUAAUCAAGUGGCAUUUUUUAUACCCUCUGUAUAUUCAUAUAGGACUAUAUGUAGAUUAUUUCAUGUUUUUAUUAUACAUUUGAAAUCUAAUCCUCAUUAUAAUAAAAAGUGUUGAAGAUUAAA